AUGGGGUGCGGUGGGAGUGCAGGCAUGCGACCGCUCUCUGCGGAGGCGAAGACGAAGGUGGAAGAGCUUUUCGACAAGAUGGACAAGGAUGGCAGCGGCACGAUCACCAAAGAAGAAGCCCACAAGUUCUUCAGCAGCUUUGCGAAAGUCAAUGCCAAGGCUAUGUUUGAUGAGGUUGAUGACGACGGCAACGGUAGCAUCACCAAAAGUGAGUGGGUCGGGUUUUGGCAUCAGGUCCGAGCCGCCGGUUAUCCCAACACUCAGAUCCUCGAAGAGUUGGAGCUCAUGACUGAUGGAGGUGACUGGGUCAACUGGAAGGACGGAAAGGAUGUUGCCGCAAUGUCCCGUGACAAGACAGACUUUGUGAAGAGUGCCGAGGGGAAGGAGACCGCUGACGGCAAAGCCGAGCCCAAGGAAAACCAAGCUCAAGCAAGUGCGGGUGCCGAGGCUCCAGCUGACGCUUCAGCCGCAGCCGAGCCAGCAGAGGCUCCAGCCGAGACUGCCGCUGAGGCCCCUUCGGCCCCUCACGAGGCAGCCGCAGAGGCAGCACCUGCGGAAGCAGCGCCCGCGGAAGCUUCGCCCGCAGAAGCUGUGCCGGCGGAGGAUGCAAAGCAAGGUGAUGUGCAGCCAGAGACAACAGAGGAGAAGAAAGCUGAGCCAGAGCAGUAA